AGACUUCGGAGGAGGCGUAGUGGAGGUUUGUGUGGGAAGAAGCGGGGAGCCAGACAGGCGACAGUGAGUGCUGCGUUGGCCUCGGGGCAGAGGUAGGGAGAAGGGCGACAGCCAAUGAGAAGGAGCCGUGCACUCCCUCUCUCCUGGUCGGCCUGGUUCGGCUUGGCGCGCCCUGUAAUUAGGAGCUCCAGUUGGGCUGGGCGACGCCACCGUGGACAGCGUCGAAGCUCUUUGGGAACUCAUCCACACUGUGCCGUACUCGGUACAACUCCAAAGCGCAGCAACAUGAAUGGCCAAGGGUCACCUGUGUACGCGGAGAAAAAGCCCUCAAUACCUGAGCUGAGCUCCAUCUCGGGCUCCGCGAAAGAAUCUUCCACGCCACAGGAGUCCUCAUCGGCAGAUUUCUACAGUAGUCACAGUGCACAGGAUUUUUACUCCAGCGCGCAACAGGCAUACACGGCCCAGCAUAUGAACCCAUACGCGUACCACCACUACAACUUAAACGGCAUGACUACAGGCACCGGCUACCCUGUGGGAAAGACAGAAUGCCCGUACCCCCACACAGCAUACAGGGAGCAUAGUGCGUUCAGCAGAGAUAUACAGGAGAACGUGAAAGAAGAGCCGGACAUGGAGGUGCGGAUGGUGAACGGGAAGCCCAAGAAGGUGAGGAAACCGCGGACCAUCUACUCCAGUUACCAGCUGGCUGUGCUGCAGAGGCGCUUCCAGACCGCACAGUACCUGGCUCUACCAGAGCGAGCUGAGCUGGCCGCACAGUUAGGGCUCACACAGACACAGGUGAAAAUUUGGUUCCAGAAUCGCCGUUCAAAGUUUAAGAAGCUCUACAAGAAUGGCGAGUUUCCCUUGGGAGACAUGCCUCUGGAACACAGUCCCGAAGCCAGUGACUCCAUGGCCUGCAACUCCCCUCCAUCUCCUGCAGUGUGGGAAAGCAACAACACCAACAAUAAUACAGGCAGCAGUAGCAACAGCAGCACAAACAGCGGGGGCAGAGCUAAGAAUAACAGCAUGUUGGAGCCCACCAGUAGGGGGCAGCCUCCCUUUCAGCCACCAUUGGAGUCUCCAGCCCCUUACAUGGGCGAGUACAGCCAUCCGAACUGGUACCAGCAGGUGGGGGUGCAGGUAGGCAUCGGUCAGCCAGGAACGAUGCACCUUAGCCCGGCUUCCUCAGCAGCAACGCCAGCCUCUCAGAGCAUGGGUGCCGUUUACUGACUUGAGAUGGAGAUGACCAAAAGCAUCAAAAACUGAUAAAGGAUUAUAUUUUUUGUUUUGUAUUUAAUAUUUUAAAACAGCAUAUUUAUAUAGUUUGCCUUUUUCUACUACUGAGAUUUUGUAGAUGUGGACUCACUCAAAGAAAGACUACAAAUUACUGUACCAAAGAUAAGUGUCUUCCAGUACACCUUAGCAUACAAGUACACCAAUUGUUUACUGUAGCAUAAGACAAGUAGGUGUGCUAUUUCUUUAUUACUCCAGGGCAUUUUUAUGUGAAUAUAUUUCCCUGUAUUUAUUUAAACAUUUAUGGGUGCUCAAAUGCAACUGCAAUUUAUAUUAGAGGGGGAGCAUGUGAGGCUUUUGCCCCUGGUCCCUAAAUUUCAUUCAAUGGGCCUGAGUGCAAAUAUUAUGUUAGUAACUAGUUUUCCCACUUUAACUAUUUAACAGAAACACGUUUAACCUGUUCAACAAACUAGCUUAAAAGCAGUUGCUUUGUGAGCCAGUAAAGAUGCUUCUUGGGGUUAAGUUAGGCCAUGUCACAGAUCAGCACAACUAUCUAUGGACUUCUGAAUUGGUUUCUUUGGAUAUAGAAUGAUCUACUUCAAGGUGAUAUCUGUCCCCUAAAACAGGAUUCAAUGUGCCUCUGCUCUCCAGAUAAAUGGUUUUCUAGAAAAGGCCAUGUGACAUUUGACUUGCCAACUAUGAAAAUGUAUUAAAACAUUAUAUGAACCCGACUUUAUGUUUUUAUUUGAUUGUUAUUUAGGUGUUGUGUCCAGAUUUCCAGCUUGCUCCAUACAUUUGUUUCAUUUGGGAGUUGUACUGUACUGUACUAGUACUGUUAGCAUCUCAAGCAUCAGUGUAAUUAACAAAACCUUUUCAACUUUUGCCUAUUUUAUAGUUAAAUUGUCUUAAAACUGGGGUAGCUCAUUUUCAAUUUGUGAAAUGAGGGAGAGUGUUGGCUACAUCUACAUCUAAGUCUAUUUGUCCCCAGCUCUCACAAGCCCUUUGACACAUUGCUAGUAUUCACAUGCAUACUUUUUUUGG